AAAUAAUAGAAGAGCAGCUGGAUUUAAUGGAUAGAUGACCUCGACUAAUUCGAAUUGUUUUUUAUUAAUUAUAAAAUUUCUCUUGCAGAGUUCAUUGAAAAAUCAAAUUGUCAGGAAUAAAACAUAGAAAGUAAUGUCUAAUUUAUUCAAGUUAGAACGGGAACACUCAUCAAAAUAAUCUUGUAUUAACUUACUUCAUUAAUAUUAAUAUAAAAUAAAAAUCAUAUCUAAGAAAAAGAGAUUCAGUGAAUGAAUAUGUUUUUGGUAGAUAAUUGUAAAAAAGGCUUAAAUGAGCAAUUACAUAAUUUACUUGUAAUAAAUAUUGAUAUUAUUCUCGCAGGCCCUAUGAGAAGUUAAAUGUGUAUUUUAAGUGUUCUUGAAAAAAAAACAACAAAAGAAACUUAAGUUUCAGGAGUUGACGAAGAUGCAGAUAAUUCAUCUGAAGAAGUCUUUUUUUCCUUUCUUUGUAGGUAGAUUAAUGAUUUCAAAAUGAUCAAGAAUAAUGAAUACUGCAAUCGGUUUUAUGCAUGAAAAAAAUAUCAUUCGCUUAGUUCAUCUUCUUAUUAUGAUGUUGGAACAUAACAAUGGGCAAAAGCCAUUUCACCAUGUGCGAAGCGCUUAUGCGAGGUCUGGCUGCCAAGGGCCAUCAAGUCGACGUCUACAGUCAUUUUCCACUGAAAAGUUCCAUUCCGAAUUAUAAAGACUUCAGUCUGGCCGGUAGCCUGCCAGCCGUAGCUAACAACAUGACGUACGAGGAUGUUUCGAAAGCUACCGGUACGGAUAUGAUCGGAUUGUGGAUCGGUAAAAUUGGAACAUCCGUCUGCAGACUGAUGGAUCAUCCCUUGUUUCAAGAACUUUUUUAUCACCCACCAAGAGAUCCUCCGUACAAUAUUAUCGUUCACGAGGUUUCCGUCACUCACUGCUUCAUCCCUUGGGGUCGUCAUCUAGGGAUACCCAUCGUGGCAGUGGUUACUUUGCCUCUUCUAGAUUGGCUAUUCGAGCCCCUUGGCAAUCCAAUAAAUUUGUCCGCCGAACCGAGUAUAUUUUCUCCAUAUGCCGCACCGAUGAGCUUCCUCCAAAGACUUGACAAUUUUAUCCGUUUCAAAUCGAUCAAUCGGGACUUUAACAGAUUCAGCGAGGAGCACGCCAGAUACGUGGAAAAGUAUUUCGGCAUUUCAGAUAGGAAACCAAUCGAGUUGAUCAAGGACGUCUCGCUGGUUCUCGUCAAUUACGACCAUUCGAUCAGCGGAGUUAGGCCAUUCGCGCCGAUCGUCGUGCCAGUCGGAGGCUUGCAUAUCCUAGAUCACAACGACUCGCUGUCCGAGGCGCUGCAAACUUGGCUGGAUCAAAGCGAUCGAGGCUUCGUUUACGUCUCGUUUGGAUCCAUGACGAGACUCGAGACGUUCCCCCGUCACGUGAUAGAUACAUUUUAUAAAUCUUUUCAGAGCAUAGCUCCGGUUCGAGUGCUUCUGAAAAUUGCCAAACCAGAAGAGAUGCCAGUUGGAAUGCCGGACAAUGUGCUCGUGCAAACUUGGCUGCUGCAAAUUCAAAUACUCAAGCACAAAAAUAUCAAAGCUUUUGUCACCCACGGUGGAUUGAUGGGAUCGCAAGAGUCGAUUUUUUACGGGGUACCUAUGAUUGGCAUACCUCUAUUUGCUGAUCAGUUUUUUAAUAUCGAAUCGUACGCCAAGAAAAAAAUUGCUCUGCAUCUGAACCUGUAUGAAUUGACUGAAGAGUCUCUGACCUCUGCUUUAAAAGAAAUCAUUUACGAUUCAUCAUAUUGGAAUGCGGCUCAACAAUUAAGCGCAGAAUUUCGAGAUCGUCCUUUAUCACCGAUCGAUACAGCGACUUUUUGGAUUGAAUUUAUAGUGCGACGAGGGGAGGAUGCUUUAAAAUCUCCACUUGUCCAUAUGCCUUGGUGGCAAGCUUCGCUUCUAGAUGUUUACAUAUUUUUCGUUUUGUUUUUAAUUAUUGGUUCCCUACUAGUAAAAAUAAUGUUUAACAUGUUUGUUAAAAAAAUAGGUCCAAAAGAAAAAAAUCUAUGAGAUACAGCGAUCAUUUUUCAAGCCAAUUCAUCUCUUAGAUAUUUGAAUAAUGACGUUUUUUGUAGAAAGAUAAACACAUGCAUA